AUGAUCGGGGACAAGUUCAAGAGGCGGGAGGAGUUCUUGCAGAUGCUCGAGGAAGGGGUCAAGCUCGCCACCGGGUUCAACCCUGGCGACUUGUACCUGUCGUCAUGGCUCGCCAACUUCAUCAGCGGCAUGGCAUGGCUGGCGGAGGAGAACCACCGCAAGAGCUACGAGCUCAUGGAGUACGCGAUCAAGCAACACGAGGAGCAGAGGGCCACCGCCUCAGCGAACGGCGACGAGGAGGAAGGAGAGGACCUGGUGGGCGUGCUCUUGAGGAUCCACAAGGAAGGUGGCCUUGACGUGCCUCUUACAAUGGGAGUGGUCAAAGGAGAUUUAUUUGGCGCUGGGAGCGAGACAUCGGCUACCACUCUUCAAUGGGCCAUGUCAGAGCCCAUGAGGAACCCAAAUGUGAUGCAGAAAGCACAAGCUGAAGUACGCGACAACCUCCAAGAGAAACCUAAAGUGACCGAGGAUGACUUGACCAAUCUCAAGUACCUCAUACUCAUCAUCAAGGAGACAAUGAGGUUGCAUCCAGCCGCACCAUUGCUUCUCCCAAGGGAGGCCAGGGAGCCUUGCAAAAUCCUCGGGUACAAUGUGCCCAAAGGUACCACGAUGUUGGUGAAUGCGUGGGCGAUUGGAAGAGACCCGAAGCAUUGGAAAGACCUCGAGGAGUUCAAACCAGAGAGGCUCGAGUAUGGCACGAUGGACUUCAAAGGCAAAAACUUUGAAUACAUAACGUUUGGGGCGGGUCGGAGGAUGUGCCCUGGAAUGUUGUUUGCUCGAGCCAGCAUGGAGAUCGUGCUUUCCACACUGCUCUACCACUUCGAUUGGGAACUCCCGAGUGGGGUGAAGCCUGAUGGGUUGGACAUGACAGAGAAGAUGGGCGUCACUGUCCGAUGA